AUGUAUUCUUCUCUUUCUGCAGGCUGCUUUUCUGGAGACAGUGACCACUUUUUGGCAAUUCAUCAGCGAAAGAGUGGGAAACCUGUGUUUAUUUAUCACCAUGUGCAGAGUGUGGAGAAAAGUCUGGAUACAGACAGUUAUAAGAAUUCCAAACAAAAUUUCCAUUCUUCUUCCCACAUGAAAAUAAGCAAGCUGCACCCUGCAAUAAUUGUUAAAUCGACCUUCCCCAGACCUGCCUACGACCCAUCCCUCAACCUGUUAGCCAUGACUGGUCAAGAUUUGGAAGUGGAAAAUCUUCCUGUUCCUGCAACGAAUGUGAUUGUUGUGACUUUGCAAAUGGAUGUAAACAAGCUGAAUAUCACAUUGCUUCGGAUAUUUCGCCAAGGAGUGGCAGCAGCACUGGGACUGUUACCUCAGCAAGUUCAUAUCAACAGGCUCAUUGGGAAGAAGAACUGUGUGGAGCUGUUUGUGUCCCCACUGAACAGAAAGCCAGGAAUUUCUGAAGCGCUUCCAUCUGAAGAAGUGCUGCGUUCCCUUAAUAUCAACAUUUUGCAUCAGAGUUUAUCCCAGUUUGGAAUAACAGAGGUCUCCCCUGAGAAAAAUGUUUUGCAAGGCCAGCGUGAAGCAGACAAAAUAUGGAGCAAAGAAGGAUUUUAUGCAGUCGUCAUAUUUCUCAGCAUCUUUGUCAUUCUAGUAACUUGUUUAAUGGUUCUAUACAGAUUAAAGGAGAAGAUCCAGUUGUCACUGAGACAAGAGAAGGAAAAGAAGCAGGAGAUCCACCUCUCGCCCCUUCCCCUGCAGACAGCUCAGUCCGAGUAUAAGACCACCAACAGCAUGGUCCAGCCUGAACGGGCUCCAAAGGUUGUCAAUGUUGUAGUGGACCCUCAAGGCCAAUGUGUUCCUGAGCUCAAACCUCCCCUGUGCGCCAGUCCGUCUCCUUUCAGAAUGAAACCUGUGGGGCUCCAGGAAAGACGAGGAUCGAAUGUCUCACUGACUUUGGAUAUGAGUAGUUUGGGAAGUGUUGAACCUUUUGUCGCUGUGCCAACCCCACGAGAAAAAGUAGCGAUGGAAUACCUACAGUCAGCCGGCCGCGUCCUGACACGGCAGCAACUUCGAGAUGCAGUUGCAUGUUCUCAUUUACUUCAAACAGAAUUCAUGGAAAUACCAAUGAAUUUUGUGGAUCCCAAAGAAAUUGACAUCCCGAGUCAUGGAACUAAAAACCGCUAUAAAACAAUUUUGCCAAAUCCUCUAAGCAGAGUGUAUUUGAAACCAAAAAAUCCAUCUGACUCCUUGAGUACCUACAUAAAUGCUAACUACAUUAGGGGAUAUGGAGGUAAAGAGAAGGCUUUCAUUGCAACUCAGGGACCCAUGAUUAAUACCGUGAAUGAUUUCUGGCAGAUGGUUUGGCAAGAAGACAGCCCUGUCAUUGUUAUGAUCACAAAGCUGAAAGAAAAAAAUGAGAAAUGCGUGCUCUAUUGGCCAGAAAAAAGAGGAAUCUAUGGAAAGGUUGAAGUCCUUGUUAACAGUGUGGAAGAAUGCGAAAAUUAUACUGUCCGUCAGCUUACAAUAAAGCAAGGGAGUCAGUCCCAGAGUGUGAAACACUACUGGUACACAUCUUGGCCGGACCACAAAACCCCCGACAGCGCUCAGCCUCUGCUGCAGCUCAUGCUGGAUGUAGAAGAGGACAGGGUGGAAUCACCUGGCAGAGGGCCUGUCAUUGUGCACUGCAGUGCUGGUAUAGGAAGAACUGGAUGUUUUAUUGCCACGGCCAUUGGUUGUCAGCAGUUGAAGGAAGAGGGAGUUGUAGAUGCAUUGAGCAUUGUCUGCCAGCUACGAGUGGAUCGGGGUGGAAUGGUUCAGACCAGCGAACAGUAUGAAUUUGUGCACCAUGCACUGAGUCUGUAUGAAAGCAGGCUUUCUGCAGAAGCUGUCCAGUGAAGCCAAGGAGGGUAAAACCGAAUGUCAGUCGCUUAAGGUAAUUCGUUUUAUUACCUACCAGCAGCUUCUUCAAG